AUGACUUCGUCUCUACCUCUCUCAGCCUACAAACUCCUCCCAGACAACAACAACAACAACCCCGCCGCCGAGUAUCCCAGCCCCGACAGCGCCAAUGCCCCGCGUUCGAUUCUUCCCCGUCCUGGAAAGUUAGCGGGUCCUUCAACCUUGGACGCAGGCACGGGCACGGGCGCCACACCGUCGCGACAUGCAAAACGACCACGCACCAACGUCACGAUCGCGUGCGACGGGUGCAAGCUCGCCCGGGCCAAGUGCGACGGCAAACACCCCUGCAUGCGAUGCAUGAAGAAGGCCCUCGCCUGCAAAUACGACCAAGGCAACGACCGGCGCCAGAACCGUGGCUCCAACGAGGAAGUCCAAGCCCUGACGGACCGGCUGGGACAGUAUCAGAAGUUCGUCUUCGCGCUGCGCAGCUCGUCCCUGGGAAACGCCAGUUACGCAUUACGGAGGCUACGCUCUCCCUCGACGGAGACGGAACCCCAGCCUCGCCACCAAGAAUCAUGUCGUUGCGUCGCUGACGUCGCGGCGCUCACCGCGGCCGUGGAGCUGCUCAACGACACCAAAUCCUCUGGGCUGGUGUGUAUGGAUGUGGAAGAAACGGCCGCGUUGGUCGGCUGGAUCAAGCGAGACAUGGAUAUGGAUUUGGACGUGGAUAGGGAUAGGGAUCUGGAUAUGGAUCCCAUUGUGGCAAGAACGCAUCGGCCGUCGUUAUCCCAGUCCGGGCCACAGUCACAAUUCCACCCCCAUUGCCAUUCACAAUCUGAAAAGCAGCAACUACCCCGGGAACUCAAUCGCAAUGGCGUCGCUGCGAGAAGUCUGCCCAAGACCCAUUUUACCGUCGAGGGACUAUUGUGUUGA